GACGUUUCAAGGGCAUCGAAAUCUCUUUUGGCGUCGUCGGUGCUUCUCUCCUUAGACUCCUUCGUGCUAUCAUCAUUUCCCUCUCUCCAUUAGUUCUCAUUUUGUUGCUUAUCUGCUAGAGUAUCCUUAUCAACCGUCUCACUCACCGGUGAAUGGUCAUCUCCCUCUGUUGAUUCCCCUAACAACCUAUGAACUAUAAUAGCCAGGUUUGACACAUCAAAACAAUGGAUACCCGCAGUUCUGCGUUACCCCAGACGCCGCACGGUGAUACUGUGGACUCGGACGAAGAGGCCGACAUCUAUGACUACACAGCCCGGGUGACGAGCCGAACAGAGGAGGAGCCACGCUCGUCCAAGCGGAGCGGUAAGACUUCAUCACAAAUUCCAGAAGACGACGAUGAGCAAGAAACAAAUACUCCCGAGACUGGUGACUCCAACUCUUCUGAUGAACUCGGAGCAGACGAGCAUAUCCCACAUCCAUUCUAUCAUUACGGCACUGAAAAACGAGAUUCAUAUGCUGAUGCUAAACUCAUCUUUCAACGCCAUCGAAUGGACACAAAGUCAGAAAAGGAUUUUGAACCCCCUCAAUCUCUGGGCAAGUCCUUUACCAUGCCUACAUCGCUGGAUCAUGGUUCGACGUUGAGUCGCACCUCGAGCCUAGCGUCUAAGCCAAGCCAUCACGGUCACGGUCACAGAGCACCUCCACCAGGUGGAAUCCAGAUCUCUCAAUCCAAAGAGGCAUUUCCUUCCCUCACUGCGAAGCUUGGAAGUUUCCAGGAUUUACAGGGAGAUCCAACCCUGCUUGCUGAUGCAGCGGCCCGCAGCCAUAGGAAGCAUCCACAUCUUCCGCACGAGUUCAAGGACCCCUUGCUAGCACAUGAGGGCGUUCAUGGGGCUGGCGCCGGGGUUGGACUAGGGUCCGGCCCUGGUGGACUUGCAAGCAACGACGAAAGCAUCAUCAAUGAAGUCCAGGCUAUUUGUGACAAGAUCAAGACUCUUCUCGACCUGCGACAGAAGUACUUGAGAGCGUCUCAUCAGAAUCCAGGCGCUAAUCCCAAGGACGACGAGUUAUGGGAGAUUUAUCCACCUCCCCCCAAUCCAGUUUGGAAUGAACACAAGAUCAGACCCACAGAGCCUAUACCUCCCAACAGUACCUCGAGCAGUUUCUACAUGGCCGAUGCCAGGGCACAUGCCAAUACCAAUGCAGGCGAGCUCAACAGAUGGCCCACUAGUGCUAGUGUUGCUGGGUCAGAAAAGGGGGGGCCUCCAUCGCCUACUUUCCCCAAAAAGGCUCGCAAAGCUGGUCAUGCAAUUGGUGAGGAUUUCGACCUAAAUGAAUGCUACAUUCCCGAAGAAGACGGUAGCCAUCGCUUCGAAAUGGAUGAGGGGAGCGUAUACCAGGUCUAUGAUCGUGACGGCAAAUCUUUGGUUCAAGUGCCUACCUUGAGAGAUUAUUACAUGGAUCUGGACACCAUCCUGGAGAUUGCCUCGGAUGGCCCGGCAAAGAGCUUUGCAUAUCGCCGUCUUCAAUACUUGGAAGGUCGAUACAACCUUUACACUCUCUUGAAUGAGUACGAAGAAGUCGCCGAGACGAAGAAGGUGCCUCAUCGAGACUUCUACAACGUCAGAAAAGUCGACACUCACGUUCAUCAUUCAGCAUGUAUGAAUCAAAAGCAUUUGUUGCGAUUCAUCAAGAGCAAGAUGAAGAAAUGUCCAGACGACCCGGUCAUUGUUCGUGAUGACAAGGAGUUGACUCUGAAAGAGGUGUUUGAGAGCAUCAAUCUCACGGCGUACGAUCUCAGUAUCGACACGUUGGACAUGCAUGCUCACACCGAUUCGUUCCACCGAUUUGACAAAUUCAACCUGAAAUACAAUCCCGUGGGCCAAUCCAGAUUGAGAGACAUCUUCCUGAAGACGGACAAUCACAUCAAGGGUCGAUACCUAGCCGAGAUAACGCGCGAGGUGAUAUCGGAUCUGGAGUCGAGCAAGUACCAGAUGGUUGAAUGGCGAAUCAGUAUAUACGGGCGCAGCCUCCAGGAAUGGGACACGCUCGCAGCAUGGGUUGUGGACAAUCGACUAUUCUCCCACAACGUUCGUUGGCUGAUUCAGAUUCCCCGACUAUACGCCCUGUACAAAUCGAUGAAGACGAUGGGAGAUUUCGAGCAGUUACUGAAAAACAUCUUUCAACCAUUGUUCGAGGUGACACAGAAUCCUGCAUCGCACCCCAAACUCCACGUUUUCCUCCAACGGGUGAUUGGAUUUGAUAGUGUUGAUGAUGAGAGCAAGGUGGAGAGACGACUGUACCGCAAAUUCCCAGCACCCAAGGAGUGGAACACCAAGCAGAAUCCGCCAUAUGGAUAUUGGAUCUACUUCAUCUACGCCAACAUGACGUCGCUGAACGCAUGGCGGAAGCAACGUGGCUUCAACACGUUUUUGCUCCGACCCCAUUGCGGCGAAGCUGGAGACACAGAUCACCUGGCAGCGGCGCUGUUGUGCUGCCACAGCAUCAGUCACGGCAUCACCUUACGAAAGGUGCCUAUGCUCCAGUAUGCGUUCUACCUGGAGCAGAUUGGCAUUGCCAUGUCACCGCUCAGCAACAAUGCGCUGUUUUUGACCUAUGACCGAAACCCAUUUAUCAGUUAUUUCAAAAAGGGGUUGAACGUGUCCUUGUCCACGGAUGACCCGUUGCAAUUCGCAUUCACCAAGGAACCCUUAAUCGAAGAAUACUCGGUUGCCGCACAGAUCUACAAAUUAAGCUCGAUCGACAUGUGCGAGCUGGCAAAACACUCGGUCGACCAAUGCGGAUUUGAAUUAUCGUUGAAACAACGCUGGCUCGGAAAAUACUGCUACCUUCCAGGCGUGCUAGGCAACGACGUAUCCAAAUGCAACGUCCCGGACGUGCGCGAAGCAUUCAGACACGAAACUCUACGAGCAGAACACGCAUUCCUCGCCAAAUACACCCAAGAUUUCAGCCAUUUCGACCGAUGCACGCCGAAUCUACCGAACCCGGCAGAAGAAGAAACGCCGAUCGAAGCACUAGAAUCCCCACGACAGUAUUAUGCUACGGUGCCCGAUUCGAUCCAGCCCGCGCAGACGGCACGAGGACAACCAACGUCGUGGACCAGCGCGUUGGUGGAUCGUAGUGCGGGUAAUGUAUCGCCCGUCCGACCCCGGACAAUGUCGAACGCGUUCCACCCUGUCGCUCAUGGACAGGCCGACGCCCACAUUUCAGCACAGGAACCACGGGCUUUCCCCGGACUGGUGCAUGAACGUGAACGUCGACGUAGUCUUCGCGUCAGCUCGAGUCAUUCGGACAUUGCGGGGUCAGGUACAGGAUUUGGUACGGGUCCCGGAACCAUGUCGUCUAGCUUGCAGAUGGAACCGGGAUUGGCUAAAAUUCUGGUCAGAGAGGACUCGGAGUUGGCUCAGAUGGAGUAUUCGGAUUGAUGAUGUGUUUACGGUUUACGAGGAGGAGGGGGGUGGUUUGUUCCAGUGGUUGUUGAUGACAUGUGCGCAAUUGCGGCUCUGGCCUGGCCCCAACCCCGACUCCUUGGACCUGCAGCUUGAGGGACGGAUAGAAGCGGAGACAAGAGCGGUCGCGGUCGCGGUCGCGUCAGGCUUAUCACAGCGUUGGAUGGGUUUCACGUGAAGGAAUGCGGAUGACGGAUUACGGGAGGCGGCUGCGCUGGGCUGGGCUUGGUUUCGAGGACUGAUUCAAUCAGUGAGAUGGUCUGCGCCCUUUGAUCUGCCUGCAUGCCAACCAAGUACCACGCAUGAUGAUUGAUUGAUUGAUUAGUGCAAUUGCGUGGCUGACAGUGAACGGACCGUAUGUCUGUCUUGAGUUUGAUAAUCGGGAGGAGUCGGAGGGAAUCAGAUUUGAAGCAUGGACAAUGAUAUUGGAAUCAAUCGGAUCGGAGGAGUGGAGAAGGGGGAAUCAGAAUGGGAGAAGGGCGUAUCGUAGGUACCCUAGGCAGGCAUACGAGAUGGACAGGCACGCAGGUUGCCGGCUAGGUAUUGGCUAGGUACUGGCUACGGACUACAGGGUACGGAAGUAUGAGUUAGGGACGGGUAAUGACUGUAGGAGGAUAAGGAUAAGGAUAAGGACAGGAAACGAUAAUCUGGGGAAGCAUGUCUUGCACAUCCGACAUGAUUAUCUUUCGGUGUGGGAGUGGCUCCCGUUGGCCCCGGUUAGGUAGAUAAGCUUGCACGCUCGUCCCGGGGGUCCAGAAUCUGCGAGUCCAGUAGGGAAUAUGGGUCGAGGGGUCUAGUGGAUGGGACUAAUGGUUAGUAGUUACUUGUCCUUUUAAGGCGGUGUCCUGAAUCAGCAAGGAUUUCUACUUGUGGUGUGGAUUCGCGUUGAUCCGGACAUGGUUAUUGCGAGAUGCAUAUGGAGUGUUGUUUCGGGUGAUUCACCCCGAAUAUGAUGAGUCAAGACUUGAAAUUGGAGUUGAGAACGGUUGAACACGGUUGAACUGAAAUGAGGCAUGGGCUAAGAGUGCGGAGGUGAGAAGGAGAAGAGAGGGAGUGAUGACGACGAUCAUGUUGCGGUGUCCAAAGUCCAAGGCCCAAAAGCUAAAAGGCCCAGCGGAGAAAUGGGUUAUGCGAAUGAGAAUGAGAAUGGGAAUGGGCAGUCGGCGGCUUUCCUUUUGGUUGGAUUUUUUUGUUUGUUCCUCUUCUCCAGAAGAAGAAGACCUGAGAGGCAAAAAACUGUUGAUAUGCAGGCAUCCAUGAUCAACGUUCCAGCCAGUGACGAGCAAAAGUCCAAUCAGCAGACAUUCCAUUCGGAACUGACUGUGUUGGCCUGCCGGGUGGCUUUGAUAUGACUCCCACCGCCUGUGUGCCUGUGAUAUGAUUGUGGGUUUUUAGAAU